AUGGCGGCAGCCCAGGCCCUUCAAGCUCAGAGGGACCGUCGCCCGACGGACUUGGAUGAGCAGUAUGGCAAGCCGCCACCGACCGAGACGCCGCAGUUUGCUACCUCCAACGUGAUCUUCAACGUGGCUUCAGUGUUCGCGCUUCUGCUUUUGGGCUUCUUGGUGGUGGACGUCGGAUCCGCCCGUUUGGAGGUCUACAAGGAGAAGAUGCAAGAUCUACUUCGCCCGAACAGUGAGAUGCUCCGUGUCAAGGAGCUGCCACAGCGCGGCCUUUUCGUGGAUGGCCUAUCUCGCGAAUAUGUGACGUGUGCUUCCGACGUGAUGGCCGUCAUUCGUGCAGGUCUGCGGACGCGAGCUGUUGGCCGCACGCGCUGCAACAACUACUCCUCGCGCUCUCAUGUUGUUUUUGUACUCCAUGUGGAGCAGCAGUCCCUGCACGGCGAGGAGCGGUUGGGCAAGUUGACACUUGUCGACCUCGCAGGAAGUGAGAAGGUGUCCAAGAAUGAAUGCGUCGGCGAGACUUUCGAGGAAGCCAAGAAGAUCAACUGGUCUCUGAGUGCACUGGGCAAAGUGAUCGAUGCGCUCGCAGAGCAACGCUCUCACGUUCCUUACCGGGACUCCAAGCUGACGCGUGUCUUGCAGGAGGUGCCAGAUUACAUUCUGAGUCCCGUUACAUCGCAGUCUUUCAAGCAAGUUGCCAUAGCCGAGCAGGAGCUGUGCCCAAGGCGCCGCACCUUGAAAGGGUCAUGGUUUCUGAUGCUGGCAGGGGAGACGAUGUCGAGUUCUACCGGCAACAUGGCGACGCUGUCUGCAGCGGGCUGCGACGUGGCCGACGUGUUGGCCGAUCUGCGACGGCAGCGCGAGGCCACAAAGAGCAAAGAAGAGCGAAGACUGUUCUUGUACCUUGCUCGCUGCUCGCCCCUCGCUGCAGGAGCCCCAGAUCGCACUAUGCAGCGCGUAGACAAAAUCGCUCAAAGCUACACUCGCCUCCACCCCGAGGUCUACAUCCUAAAUGCUCCUGCUUUCCUGGAUCCUCGCUUUCUAAAGGUGGUGCAGGAGUUGCGCGUCUCCGGGCCGGCAGCAGCCAGCAUUGCUGGCUUAAAAUCUGAAGGUCUUCUGGAGGAGCUGCGCCCGGGCAUCUGGAGUUUCCCAGUCUUCACCACGGCUUUCUGCGAUGCUUUUGAAUCCGAGCUGGGCCACUUUCGAGCUUCAGGUUUGCCUCGCUCUGCGCCCAACACGAUGAACCGCCACGGAGUCAUCAUGUCAGAGCUGGGCUUUGAAGAGCUGCUAGACCCACUCGUUUUCGAGUAUGUGAAUGUCCUUGCCAGUCGCCUUCUGCCUGCCUUCACAGAGUUUCUGGACUCCUACCGUGGCUUUACUGUGCCGCCUGGUAUGCAGAAGUUCUAA